AUGAGUUUUCUAAAUAUUGUUACCUUCUUUAGCGUUCUAGUUUCUGUUGCAAUUGCCGCCAGAUUUGAUUUGACCAACGUCACUUGCGCUGGCUUACAUGGACCACACUGUGGUACUUAUGUUAUUGAAGUCGUCGGACAAAACGGAACAUUUUUGGGUCAAUCUACGUUUGUUGGUGCUGACGCUUUAACCGAAAGUGCUGGCGAUGCUUGGGCAAGAUAUUUGGGCCAGGAGACAAGAUUCCUUCCAAAAUUGACCACUAUUGGUAGUAAUGAGACCAAGAACUUCUCUCCACUCAUUUUAACCACCAACAUAAAGACGUGUAAUCCCCAAUCCAUCGGUGAUGCUAUGGUUCCUUUUGCUAACACUGUUAGUGGUGAAAUCGAAUACAACUCUUGGGCUAAUACUGCUGUCAACUCUUCUUCCAUAACCGGUUUAGUUAACCAAUUCCUAAACGCUACUGAUUAUGGUGUUCAAGUUGCGUCAUGUUACCCAAGUUUUGCUUCUGUUAUCUUAAGCACUCCAACUGUCAACAUUUUCGGUAAGGAUGAUACAUUGCCAAACUAUUGUUCUGCCAUUCAAUUUAAGGCCGUUUGUCCACCAGAAGCUGGCUUUGACUGA